AUGUCGCUUUUGGCCCCCUCGCCGACAAAUCCGCGGCCCCCAGCGCGAUGGGCGGGAAGGCCUGAGAAGCUCUCCGUAAUUAUUCUCUCCGCCGACGACCAACAACCGGCUGCUCCCCGUCACCCCAUCGCGCCUACAUCUCCGCCCACAUCUCAAGGCACGCCCCGCACGCCCAGCAACCCAGACACCACAACCAUGGGCUCCAAGGUCAGCAAAGUCCGCGAACGCUCCGCAGAUGGCAAACUCCAGCCUUCGCAAGAACGCCUCGACAAGGAGGAAAUGAAGGAACCAAGCAACUACUACACGUCCCGCAGCAAGAGCAUGCGCCGGAAAGCCACAAAGGGCGAAGCCGUCGGUGGUCCUGGCGGUUCCGGAGGGGGGCUCUAG